UUACUUACCCCACAACAAUGGCCACUGACACCGCGGACGUAUUCAGCGACGCACCCAGAAUCGUCGACUUUGACGUCCUCGAGGCCUCGAAGGAAAACGUCCAGCGCUUGGCCUCGGGCCGCCGUGCCACCGCUCUGUCGGAUAUCCUCGCGACUCCACACGCGCAGAGAGACUCGAAGCUCGCCGCGACGCGCAACAGGCUGCGCAUCAAUGUCGAGAUCGCUCUGGAGGACGACGAAGACGACCCACUCGCGGCCUACUGGCGCUACGUCAACUGGACGCUGGACAACUACCCGCACGGACAGAGCGCUGAAUCGGGGCUGGUGGAACUCAUCGAAGAGGCGACGCGCGUAUUGAAGGACCACCGGGAGGGCCACUGGCGCGGAGAACUCAAAUACCUGAAGCUGUGGAUGCUGUAUACGAGCUACGUGGAGAAGCCCACGAUCAUCUUCGAGUUCUUGAUCGCCAACGAGAUCGGGACGGGCUUUGCGCUGCUGUACGAGGAGUAUGCGGCUGUACUGGAGCAGGAGGGGAGACGCAAGGAGGCCGACGCCAUGUAUCAGCUCGGCAUCGCCAGACGUGCCACCGACGUCGACCACCUCAAAGCGCGACAUGCCGAGUUCCAAAAGCGCAUGAUGAGCGUGGUUGCACCUGCAACCCCGGUUGAGCCGGCUGUGAAUACCCCUGGCCCGCACCGCUCGGCGCGGACUGUGCUAGGCACCAGCAGCUCCUCGUCGUCGGCACUGGCCGCGGCCUCCGGCUCAUCAAGAACCCCUCUGCCCGCCGCACAGCGCCCGCCUUCCGCCGCAACGAAUGCCCCGUUUCAGAUAUUUGAGGACUCCGCGUCCACUGCGUCCGCUGCGCCAGGCAACGCGUUUCCGGAUGUCGGGACACGUAAGACGCGUGUGAAAGAGAACGUGCCUGAGACGCGGAAGAUGGCUGGCACGACGAUAAAGCAGGCAGGGAAGAAGAAGCGGUUGGCGUCUGGAGGCGCUGCAACGUCGAGUUUCGUGCCUUACGUGGACACGGAGGAGGACGCGAUGCCCGCGCCAUCGCUUCCAGUCAAGAGCACGAUAGCGGUGUCCGUGGAUUCGACGCCCAAGUUUGUGCCAUUCCAAGAUGAGACUGUCACUGCGUUGAGUACGCCGGCGCCGGAAUCGGUCAUGAAAGUCAAGAUCGCAGCAGACACGAGAGACCCUCCCACCUCUGAGUCCGAUGCGCUUCGGCGCAAUCCUCUGAAGAACCACGACGCGUGCUAGCGUGCGCCCAUGCAACUUGGAUAUUCUACCGUAAUACCGCACGUCGUUUACUUUCUAAUCACUCGUUGCGUUGCGUUGCGUUCCAGGCCGCCUUACAUACAUACCCCAUGUUGGGCAACCACUUCUUUUGUGAUCCCGAGCCUGACGGAAUCCCGGACGCCGGCUCCGCGUGACUUGCUGCGCUG